AUGCCGAAAGCAACUGAAACCACUCUCGUGACCCCGGAUCCUCCAUUGGCAACCCCAGCCCUUGAGUCGCCCGAACUGCGAUACUCGUACACGAUCGCGCGCGGCGAAAUGGGCGUGCUAUCCUUCGAGCCGUACAAGAGCCUGAUCCUGCCGUACUGGGCAUUCCGAACAGUCCCAAUCGCGCAGAAAUCCGCGUCGGUGCUAUGGACGAUAUUCGAAUCGUACAUUGAGCGCGGCGACCUGGUGGGCGCGGACAUGACGCGCAAGUUCAUCCAGAUGGGCAUGACCAGGGCGAAGCGCUAUGCGAACCAUAAGGGUGGGAGGAAGUAUGGGAAGGACGGUGUGGAGUUGGAGAAGUGGAGUGAUAAGGAGGUGGAUGAUGUGGAGGAUGCGAAGAGGAGGGAGAAGGAGGAGGCUAGUAAUGUCUUUAAGACCUAUUGGCGGAGGUGUACUGCUUCCGAAGGGUAUUUGAAGUUGAAGCGGGAGUGGACGCUGGAGAAGAAGGAUUGGUUGAAGGGGCAGGAGCCAGGUGACUGA